AUGGGUGCAGAGCGACAAGGAGAGCGACGAGCGAGAAUCUCAAAUUUCAAAUCUGGGAAUGGCAGUCUUUCUGGGGGUGGAACUGGAAAUCAGGCUGGUUUCCAAGCGUCCCAAGGUACAGAAGAGGACAAGGAGAUAGUCAAAUCAGUGGAAGAAAAAGAUUCCAAAACAGGGGACCCACACAAUAGAGGGCUAUUGGAAGUUAAAAAUAUUUCUGAUCCAGUAACAGGGGUUGUUGCUAUCUCUGUUCCGGAUAAGCUGGAAAACAAGAGGUUGUCUGCUUCUCAAGGGAGAGGCAAGAGAAAGCUGGAGGAAGGCGAACCCAGCAAGGAGGAGGCCACUCCGAGCAAAAAAAGAAAGAGCACCACUGGGAUGAAAGCCCAUGAUAAUAAGAAUGAUAUAGAGGAAACUGGAAAAGAGGGCAGUGAAAUGGAAAAGGAUGAGUCAGGGGGCAACGAUAACAGCCAGCCUAUGGUGGAUAAGGAUGAUAAGGAUAAUGACAAAAAAGAUAUGGAUUCUGAGAGGGAGAAGAACAAGGAACCCAAGAAGGAAAUGACUAAGGAUAGUCUGAGUAAGGAUAAGAAGAGUGCCGAAGAAGGGUUAUUCCUGGAUAACCUUAAAAAACUUACUGAGGGUAGAUUGGGUUAG